AUGAUGUAUCCUCAGCUAUAUUAUUCGUAUUUAAAUCAUUCUGAAUAUCAUGAUUUCAAAACUCAAUCUUUUUUAUCGAUUUGGUGCAAAAAUAAUACUAUAAAAUCCCGUAAAUUAUUAACAGAACGUGAAAAUUACCUUGUUGUUGCAUGUGAAAACUGGGAUCCUCCAUUUACAAUUCAAAAAUUAUCAAAUACAUUAUAUUUUGUUAAUGAUUUAACUGAUAUUUCCCUAUUAGAAAACGAUCUUUGUGUCAGUACAUUUAAAAUUUCCCCUCAACUUGUCUUAAAUAACAGAUAUUCAACAGGAUACAUGUUAAGUCACGAAAAUUCUCUUAUUUACGAUGAUAUGAAAGGUUAUGUCAUAAACCGUGAUCUUCAUAGCAGAGGUAUUGAAGGUCAAAAUCAAAUUAUUACGAUUGGCGACACAGGAGUUGAUUAUAAUCAUCAAUUUUUUCUAGAUCCAACGCAAGACAUACACACACUUGUAAACAAAACCAAUUUAAAUCAUAGAAAGAUCGUUCGUAUUGAAGCUUUUCGAGAUUAUUCUGAUUAUUACGAUGGCCAUGGAACUCAUGUUGCCGGCAUUGCUCUUGGUGAGCCAUACAACUCUUCAUUGUAUUCAUACCAAUAUAAAGGUGUUGCGCCGAAAGCAAAGCUUUAUAUGUUAGAUAUGGGCUUUGCCAACAUUUCAAGGGAUUUAAGCGCUCUACCGGAUUUCAAUCUUGUUUUUUCACAUAUGAAAGAACUAAAUUCCGGAAUUUUUUCGAACAGUUGGGGAUAUAAUCUAUAUUCAAGAGAAAUUACCCAAUACUUUGAUUCUAUGGCCUACGACAACCCAGAUAUUUUAUUUAUAUUCUCAGCAGGUAACGUUUUUGGCCCAAUGACUAUAAUUACUCCAGGAGAUUCGAAAAAUAUUUUUACAGUAGGAAUGACAUCCAAACCAUCAUCUAAUUUGUUUGAAUACCCAGUAUAUAGGGCGUAUUACAUCACUGAUGGCUCCGGAAUUAAAGUUCCUCUUGUUGGAACUCCAAAUUACAGUUUGCCAUACUUCCCUCUUGACGAAAAGCUAAAGACUUACAUUGAUAUACCUUUGACUGUUGGUUCUCCUUCGGAAGGAAAGGCUUAUUUCACGACAGAUGACCCUUGUUCGGAAUUAUCGAAAGCAUUAGCUGCAAAAGCUUCGAUUUUCCUAUAUACAAGUGAAUUAUGCCCACUAGAUACUCCUCAGAAUAUUGUUUGCGCACGCAUUGAAGCACAAUUUGCUUCAAUUGUUGAAUCUUGGAAAAAAAUUACAAUUUGUUCUGAUAUUUUGGUUGAAUAUGAAGUAUUCUCACAUCCUUCAUCCAGCCAAGGCCCAGGAUACAACGGAAUCUUUAAACCUGAUAUUUCUGCCCCUGGAUAUCAUAUUUUUUCUGCCAAAGCACUUUCUACUGGCGGAACCAUCGACAGUUUAUCUCAGAAGACAGGAACAAGUAUGUCCGCACCUUUAAUUGCCGGAGUUGCAGCUUUGGUCCGACAAUAUUUUAUGGAUGGCCAUUAUAAAGGAAUAACCAAACCGUCAUCCUCUCUUAUAAAAGCCACCAUUUUGAAUUCCGCUAUUCAAAUUGAUGGUUCUGGACUAAGAUCAUUUUAUUCCGGAUUUGGAAUUCCUUUUCUCAGCCGUGCUCUUGGAUUUAAAGACCUAAAAGCCGCGUUCUUUGAUAGAGUUAUCUUAAAAUCCGGGGAUUUCCAUACUUAUCAAAUCAAGACAUCCAAGCAAGCGAAUUUAUCCAUAUCGAUGAGUUAUUUAGAUAGGUCAACAUCCAAUGGAUACAUAUUGUUUGCCGAUUUCGGAAUAAUCCUUGAAACUCCAGCCGGAGAAUUCAUAUCUCCAAAUAGCAAGACAAAUUACGCUGAAGAAAGCUUAAGUACGAAUGAGCGAAUAUUACUGACCGAUGCCGAAGCAGGAGUUUACAGAUUAUAUGUUUAUUCAAAUCAAUAUAAUGAAAUAUACGAAGAAAAGUACUCAAUUGCUAUUCUUGGAGGCUUUUCUUCAUCGAGUUCAGUUAAAAGGAUCAGUAACUCCCAAAAUUCUAUAAUUUGUCCAUCAAAUCAGUAUGAUGACAAAGGAAGAUGCAUUUGCAACGAAGGAUCUCGCGGAUUCCUCUGCAGAGAGAAAGUAGAAACAGUUCCUUUCAAUGUUUCUGCCACAAAGAUUAUGCAAGCCAUGCAAUACUCAUGGUUUUCAUUUGUUACUGACAAAAAUACUGAAUAUUCAGUUUAUUUGACUGAUUUAUCAAAUGGAAACUUCCAUUCUUGUAUCUGCCAAUCUCCUGAACUAGGACCUUCCUGUUAUUGCCAGAUGGCAACAUACCAAACAAAAAUUGGAAGGUUCUACACAGAAAAAGUAACAAAAUCAUAUUUAGCUGUUUGCCCAAUCAGCCAAACUUCACCUUUGACACGAAUUUUCAUAGGAAAAGAUUUAGAGAGUAACAUAACACAGAGAUUGACAAUAACUCCAAAUCCAACUGUUUCUGAAGUAGUAAAUUUAGUUUCUUCUCAGAGUUUGACACAGAAAUCAACUGCAGUGAUUUUAGUUUCAGGAACAUUAUCAGCCUUGAUUGUUUUAGUUGGAGUGAUUGUGAUUGUUAUAGUUGUGAAGAAAAAGUCAAUAAAGGUUGAAGCAAAAGAUGUAAAUGAAGAUAGUAAUGAAGAAGAAGAAUACGAAGAAGAAGAUGAUGAUACACAUGAAGAAGAUUAUUCUGUAUCAUUAAUGAAAUCUUCAUCUGAAUAA